UUACACUUGAUGACUUGGAGGAGAUUUUUAAGCAUGAUCAACUAGGCGUCAAUAACAUGCACUCAUACAUUCGGUUGUUGUAUGACAGAGUGUUGCGCGGGACUCCGUUGUCUAACAGAUUCCGUUUCGUGUCUUCCGCCCACUGCAGCGGAAUGGCAAUUGAUUCGGAACCGGAAUCAGUUAGACAGCGCUUAGUAGAUAGAUUCAUGUCCACCGGCAAUACAGAAUGUCUGCAUCUUUGGGCGUAUAAUACCCGACCAGUAGGAGCACACUGGUUGCUGCUUGCUAUCAACCCUAUAAGGGAAGUCGUGUAUUAUCUGAAUUCGGUAAAUGGUGAAUGGACAAAUUAUCCGGCCAUGAAGGACAUCGUUGAUUUAUCAAUACAAGUGUUCCGAAGUCAACGGGACGCACAGGUAUCCCGAACUAAAUCUAGCAACAUUACUUGGAUCCAAGUGCAGUGUCCGCAACAGAAAAACAGUUACGAUUGCGGAUACUUUGUAUUGAGGUUUAUGAAAGAAAUCCUUCAGGCAAAUCAAUUAGAGAUUCCGCUCACGUACCUUGACGAAUUCCGUGCCGCUGGAUACCCGAGACUUAAGUUGGAAGAAAUAAAAGAGGAUUUGUGUCAUUUUUAUAUUAAGCGCUUUUUCAUGUAGGAUUUGUGUCGAAUUGAAGUACUAUAAUAUUAUUGAUGUUGUAAUGAUGUAUAUAUAUAAUUUUGGAUAUUAUA